AGUGCGGCCUCAGCUUGCGGCGGCACCAGGUCAGCUGCGAGGCGUGGGCCGUGCGGGCCCGGCGGGCAGGCUGCGGGGAGCGCAGGCUGUGAGCAGACAGGCCACAGUGGUGAGGGUUGGUGUGGCUGUCAGAAUGGCGGAGGAGCAGGAAUUCACCCAGCUGUGCAAGUUGCCCACACAGCCCUCCCACUCACACUGCAUCAACAACACCUACCGCAGCACACAGCACUCUCAGGCCCUGCUCCGGGGCCUGCUGGCUCUCCGGGACAGUGGGAUCCUCUUCGAUGUCGUCCUGGUGGUGGAGGGGAGACACAUUGAAGCCCAUCGCAUCCUGCUGGCUGCAUCUUGUGAUUACUUCAGAGGAAUGUUUGCUGGGGGAUUGAAAGAGAUGGAACAGGAAGAGGUCCUGAUCCAUGGUGUAUCCUACAAUGCCAUGUGCCAAAUCCUGCAUUUCAUAUAUACCUCUGAACUAGAGCUCAGCCUGAGCAACGUUCAGGAGACACUGGUCGCUGCCUGCCAGCUUCAGAUCCCAGAAAUUAUCCAUUUCUGCUGUGAUUUCCUCAUGUCCUGGGUGGAUGAGGAGAACAUCCUUGAUGUCUACCAGCUGGCAGAGCUUUUUGACUUGAGCCGCCUGACGGAGCAGCUGGACACCUACAUCCUCAAAAACUUUGUAGCCUUCUCGCGGACUGACAAGUAUCGCCAGCUUCCCUUGGAGAAGGUCUACUCCCUCCUCAGCAGCAAUCGCCUGGAGGUAUCCUGUGAGACUGAGGUGUAUGAGGGGGCCCUGCUCUACCAUUACACCUUGGAGCAGGUGCAGGCUGACCAGAUCUCCCUGCAUGAACCUCCCAAGCUCCUUGAAACAGUGCGGUUUCCUCUGAUGGAAGCCGAGGUCCUUCAGCGGCUACAUGACAAGCUGGACCCCAGCCCACUGAGGGACACAGUGGCCAGUGCCCUUAUGUAUCAUCGGAAUGAGAGCCUGCAGCCCAGCCUGCAGAGCCCCCAGACGGAGCUUCGUUCAGACUUCCAGUGUGUUGUAGGGUUUGGGGGCAUUCACUCCACACCAUCCACAGUCCUCAGUGACCAGGCCAAGUACCUGAACCCCCUGCUAGGAGAAUGGAAACACUUCACUGCAUCUCUGGCCCCCCGCAUGUCCAACCAGGGCAUUGCAGUUCUCAACAACUUCGUGUAUUUGAUUGGAGGGGACAACAAUGUCCAAGGAUUCCGAGCUGAGUCCCGAUGCUGGAGGUAUGACCCACGACACAACCGCUGGUUCCAGAUCCAGUCCUUGCAGCAGGAGCAUGCAGACCUGUGUGUGUGUGUUGUGGGAAGGUACAUCUAUGCUGUGGCAGGCCGAGACUACCACAAUGACUUGAAUGCUGUGGAGCGCUAUGACCCUGCUACCAACUCUUGGACAUAUGUAGCCCCACUCAAGAGGGAGGUGUAUGCCCACGCAGGUGCAACACUGGAGGGGAAGAUGUAUGUUACCUGUGGCCGCAGAGGGGAAGACUACCUGAAAGAGACACAUUGCUAUGACCCAGGCAGCAACACCUGGCACACACUGGCAGAUGGGCCUGUGCGGCGAGCCUGGCAUGGCAUGGCCACUCUCCUAGACAAGCUGUAUGUGAUUGGGGGCAGCAACAAUGAUGCCGGCUAUAGGAGGGACGUGCACCAGGUAGCCUGCUACAGCUGCACAUCUGGGCAAUGGUCUUCUGUCUGCCCACUCCCAGCUGGACAUGGCGAGCCUGGCAUUGCCGUGCUGGACAGCAGGAUUUAUGUGCUGGGUGGCCGCUCUCACAACCGUGGCAGCCGCACAGGCUAUGUGCACAUCUACGAUGUGGAGAAGGACUGCUGGGAGGAGGGGCCCCAGCUGGACAACUCCAUCUCUGGCCUGGCGGCCUGCGUGCUCACUCUGCCCCGCUCCCUGCUCCUUGAGCCACCCCGUGGGACCCCCGACCGCAGCCAGGCCGACCCGGACUUCGCCUCUGAGGUGAUGAGUGUGUCAGAUUGGGAGGAGUUUGACAACUCUAGUGAGGACUAGGGCUCCAGUUCCCAGCAUCAGAGGGUGGGGUGGCAGGGACUGUAAGAGUAGUAAGACUUAUAGGGCCUGAGCCAGGGCCUGGCUCCAGGGUGGAGGACCAUCCUCCUGGUACCUGUGGCUCACUGGCUUCUGAUGCCCUUCUUCACUCUAGCCCCUUGACAGACUUAUACAGCAUUUGGGGGGCUGGUGCAGACUCUGUGGCUAUGGUUUAUGUUACCAUGGGAAAUGCUCCCAAAAAGCUGUGGUCCUCUGAGGGAGUGACCAGGCCCAGUUCUCCUCAGUGAGUACUGGCAUCACCAGCUGUCUUGGCCUUCCCCCACUUUCCCUGGAUCUGGUCCCUGUUGGGCUAAGAAGAUCCCUUAUCCAAAAGGACCUGAGGACUAACAACCCAGGUGAGAGGGGCUGAGGCACAUGGUGCCCUUUCCAUGAACAGGGUAGGGCUUGAUGAGCAGUCCUGAGUGCUGCCUAGUAGCAACCAGGGCCUUGAGCAGUUGGGAACUCCCAGGGGACAGAGAAGGAGCAGAUUCAAAGUUGCCUGGGACUGGUUCUAGCCAUGAAAAAAUCCCCUACUGCUGUUUUUCUGAUCCCAUGUUGUUGAUAAAUGAAAUAAAGCAUUAUACUAAAGGUGUUAACUAUU